AUGAAUUAUAGGUCUUCUGAUCUUCACUCAAAUGACGUCACAAUAGUUGGUCUCCGGUACAACGACACCAUGACCGUUUCAGCCGGCACGAACAAAGAACUGUAUAACAUCGCACUUGUAUCGGACUUCUUCUGUCCAAAUGCAGGUGGCGUCGAAACCCAUAUGUACUUCUUGGCACAAUGUCUACGACAAUUGGGGCAUAAGGUGGUUGUAAUCACUCAUGCCUAUGGCGAGAGACGAGGGAUUUGCUACUUGUCAAAUGGAUUAAAGGUGUAUUACCUUCCGUUUCUAGUUGUUUAUAAUGGAUGCAGUCUAGCCACAAUAAUAGGUAGCCUCCCAUGGCUGAGAAAGAUUUUUCUGCGAGAGAGAAUUCAGCUGAUUCAUGGCCAUGCCACUUUCUCCUCCAUGGCUCAUGAAGCAAUGUUCAACGGCUGGUUAAUGGGAAUUCGUACAGUAUUUACCGAUCAUUCGUUGUUUGGUUUCGCCGAUGCAUCAGCAAUACUUACAAAUACUUUGGUACUACAGUAUUCGCUUUCUAAUGUCGAUCGUGUGAUUUGUGUAUCUUACACCAGCAAGGAGAACACUGUUUUGCGAGGAAAACUUGAUCCACGGAAAGUCUUCACGAUACCAAAUGCCAUCGAAACUAGGCUUUUUUAUCCGGAUCCUGAACAGUUCUAUGGAAAUCCGACGACAAUCAUAUUUUUGGGACGACUAGUCUACAGAAAAGGGGCGGAUCUACUUUGCGCGAUUAUUCCAAAGGUCUGCGACCGCCAUCCCCAGGUACGUUUUAUCGUAGGCGGAGAUGGGCCUAAACGGUUGGAGCUGGAGGAGAUGCGUGAAAAAUACCAUUUACAUAGUCGAGUCACUCUUCUGGGAAUUUUGCCUCACAAUGUGGUGCGUGAGGUCCUCGUGCAAGGACAGAUUUUCAUCAACACGUCAUUAACGGAAGCGUUCUGCAUGAGCAUCGUCGAGGCCGCCAGUUGUGGACUGCACGUUGUAUCGACCCGUGUAGGUGGGGUGCCAGAGGUGUUACCAGCCGAUUUUAUAUCGCUCGAAGAACCAGUACCGGAAUUGCUUGUUGAAGCUUUGUCUGAAGCGAUACGAAAGAGAGAAAAUGGUGAGCUGAUGGAUCCCGUCCAGAAGCAUAGAGCAGUAUCAAACAUGUACAACUGGCCAGACAUCGCGAAACGCACCGAAGUGGUUUAUCGAGAUGCUAUGCGAGAACCUACACCACAGUGGCGAAGUGGACUAAAAAAGUAUGCAGAUCAAGGAAUUGGCUUCGGCAUACUCUACAUAACAGUAGCGCUGAUCAACAUGUUUUUCCUCACUGUACUGGAAUUCUUCGACCCAGCUAGCGCGAAUCCGCUGGCAAACGACAUACCUGAGUCCAAACAAACGUCCAACUGUACGGCUGAAGUGCCGGCUGACGUGACGUCCACUACAUUUCAAGAGUGCUCAAGGAACCAUCGUCGGAACUUUGGGAUGCGUCUUCGGAGCGUUGCGAAAGCGCCUUCGAAGUGA